AUGGAGUAUGCGAUGGAUCCCUCAGUUUCCGACGCCUUGGAGCAGUUGGCUUCAGUCAAGGCCCAGCAGUUGGCGUCGGUGAACGGCAUUGCAGCUUUGGAAGCACAACACCGACACUGGCAAAGCCAUGUCGCAGAACUCCUUGGACGGAUUGACCGUCGACUGCGCGAGGUACCAGAAAGUGCCAGGCCUUCGCCGGAAGUAAGCUUUGCAUUUGCGGAACAGCAUGACCGCAGCAACGAGACCGAGACCCACUCGAAAGGAAAUGCCAGCAUGCCUAUGCAGGUCUCUGCUCCCCUCCUCCGGUCAUGUGGGGACAGCGGAAACCUGGACGAGAACGAAGAAGUUGAAACAAGUGAAGUGGAUGCAAGCCUGCAUGAUGCUCGCAAGAAGUUUGACGAGCAAGAAGAGGUUACUGCGCACGACAAUAGACCGUUCUACAGGGGAGCAAGCCGUCUGUCAUCGCGCAAUGCCUUGGAAGAGAUUUUCCGGACAAGAAAAACCGUUGUCCCGAAAGAUGGCCAGCCGACCCUGAAUAGCAUUGUCUUGGAGGAAAUGGCCACAAACGCAAAGAGCGAGGCUCCACCGGAAGGUGACACGUGGACAGAAUUCCAAAGAAAAGCUGCAAAGAUUGCCAACUCCAGUUGGUUCGAGCUUCUCGGAGCAAAACCUGUGGUGUGUUUCUUCGUACAGUAUGCGUCUGGUUUUGUUAUCAUGCUGAAUCUUGCGACCAUCGGUGUAGAGGCCGAGCUGUCCUUGGAAAGAGGCGAGGAGUUCGGUGCAGAGUCAUGGCCGUAUCUUGUGGAACGCUUGUUCUUGGCUGUUUACUUCGUGGAGGCGGUCGUGCGUGCAUUGGCAAGUGGUUGGUCCGCUUGCAGAGAUGGCUGGUUCCUCAUGGAUGCAAGCCUGGUCUGCAUCGGUCUGCUGACCCUGCUUGUCGUGCCCAGCUUUGGCGCAAGCGAGCUGCAAUCCGUGGAGAAGCUCUUGAUUGUACGAGGCUUACGAUUGCUGAGGUUGCUGAGGGCUUUGAGGAUGGUGAGCCACUUUAAGAUCAUGUGGCGCCUCGUGCACGGUCUUCUCACGUCUGCUGAAACAAUUCUCGCUGUCACGCUGCUUCUCCUGGUGUGUCUCUUUGUUGCGGCUUGUGUCGCGGUGGAGGUAAUCGCGAAGGACGAGGACCUGAGAAAAUACGAUCAGCUCACGAUGUUUGUGAUCGACGAGUACUUCAGCAGCUUGCUGGUUGCCGUCAUGACAUUGAUGCAGUUCGUGACUAUGGACUCCUUGGCCACCAUCUACUUUCCACUUAUUGAGGCACGCCCUUACUUGGUCUUGUUCUUCCUGCCGCUUCUGAUUUUCAUUUCGAUCGGCCUCAUGAACUUGGUGACAGCGGCCUUGGUCGAAAACGCCAUGAAGCACCAUGCCGAGCAGGAGGAGGAGCACAAGCUUCAGUUGAAGGCGAAGGUCCGAGAGGCGAUGCCCACUUUGGUAAGGAUAUUCCAAACGCUGGACAAGGACAACAGCGGCAAUGUUACGCAGGAGGAGCUUCGGCAUGUGCCUGUUGAUGUGCUGCCGCCCAAAGUCUUGCAAGCAGUUUGCGCUGACAGCUGGGAAGAGCUCUUCGAGUAUUUGGAUGUGGAUGGAACAGGAACACUCAGCCAGGCUGAGUUUGUUGAAGGGCUGCUGAACCUUUGCCUGCUGGACAUGCCCAUUGCAACGGUUCAGACCCUGAAGCUCCUUCAAGUCAUCCGUGUCCACAUCGCCAAUAUCGGCGAUCGCAUUCAAUCCUUCAAUUUUCAGUCCCAGCCAAGUGCAGCACCGACCCAAACCCUUACGGGAGGUUCUGCGUCGUUGAACUGCCGGGACACUGUAGGAGUGCGCUCGUAG